AUCAAAGCAAACAUAUCUCUAGUGAUUACUUAGCCCCCACUAGACACUUUUGAGCUUCUCUAAGUAAACAAUAAAUUAUAUAUAUCUUGAAGGAAUCACACGAACAUGGAGAAGAAACCGCCAAAGAUACAUAAUGAGGACCGCCAGAAUUUUGUGGCCACUCGUAUGAGUCUGCCGCUCUUUAUGGUGUCACGAAACCGCAUUAAAAAGGAGAACUUGCCACGUGUUCAGAAGCAAUUCAAGUUGGCCGGAAAGCACUACAAUGAAGAUUGCCAGAAGGAGAAUAGCAGGGAGGCCUAUAGCAAGGCUACGUAUGACCAUUAUCGCCACAUUACGGGCUUUGACCCGUCAGUGAAGAAUCCGUAUCCGGAACGAAGGCCCCUCAAACUGGAUCGCAGCAUGACCAAGUGGAGGAGCUGGGCACUGCCGCCCAAUCAUUAUGGUGUGCCGCCCAUUCCCUUCCAGCGUCUGAUGGGCAACAAAGGCGCCGUUUUCGCCAAACCACAUACCAACCACAGCCGCGUUGUCAUCAAACCUCCGCCGUACCGCUUUUAUGAACUGCCAGCGGAGAUCGAGCGUCUCUCCAAGAGGGAGAAUGCCCAGAAAGGCAUCUUUCUUUCAAAUGCCCGCGACCGACGCCCCACGACCCAUUGCAUGAUCUCAAGCCUCUCGGGCUGCUAUCGCAAUCCCAAGGACCCUGGGCCCUGCGAAACUUACACGAAUGUCUACGAGAUAAAUGCCAAUGCCACGCCCAUCACCAAAACUGCCCGCCCGAAUCCGCAUUUGUUUUUGCCGCUCUCCUGUGUGCCCACCAAGCCACACAGACUGAUUCCGCGCCACAUAAGCAUGCUACCGGCCCCGGGACGAUACUGCACCAGUUACCCCGACGUGUGUCCUUGUCCGGCGGGCAAGAUCAGUGUGCCACAGCUUCAGUUGCUAAUUGAUGAUCAGAAGCGUCUGAAAUUCCGGCGCCAGCCCUUCGAGCGGAUCAGUCGGAAAAAGUUGUGUGAGCCCGACUGGCGGCAUGUGGAGGGCCAGGGAUUUAGGCAUCUCUUCAUGAUGGGCAGAAAGGACAAGCCGAAGCCAAGGAAAGCGGCGACUUCCAAGAAACCGGGAAAACUUAUCAACAUGUUUGCCGACUCCAAGUACAUAAAUAUGCUGAGUCAGCCGCAGCGUCAGGAUAUCUCCACGCGGCCCUUCCCAGUAGCCCCAUAUGUGCCCAAGAUCACCUACAACUGCGCCUCCAAGCGGGUCAUGCGCAAGCAGCUGAAAAACAACAAGAAAAUAGCCUUCAAUAGCGGCCAGGAGCGGUGGAAGGAUGGCGAACGACCGCUCCAGCUGACCAAUCGCCAACUGGAGGAGAUCAAGGCCAAGCUGCCGCCGGAACGGCGACUGGAGGACCAUCCCAUUGACAUCCCAGAAGUGGUGGGCAGUCGGCUGCACCAUGUUCCGAACCAUCAGCAGGUCACCUUCAUGCCCAAGUUGCGAAAGCGCCUCUUCAAGUUCCUGCCCAUACCCGGAGCCCGUGUCCUGGUCACAGACAGUGAUAUCCGACCGGAUGUCACCUUUGAUCCGGAGCAUCCGACCGGAAUGUACCGACGCAAGAUCGACGAGACGGCCUUCUUCAAGGAUUCGGUGUUGCGGGCCAUGGCAAACAAGGAUGAGGAACAGCCACCGGAUGCUCCUUUAGUUUCUCCAUCGCAGGCACAGUUGACUUCCAACCGGUCGUCCACGGUUCAUAGUAAUCGGGGAACCGUCACCGUGAUAGAUCCGGAGGAACAGAAGAAGUCCGUUUCCAAGAUUUCGAUCGUAGGAUAAAAUUGCCCUGGCAUCCAGGACCACGUUUGCGCCACCAGUUUGAAAUUCUCUUCGUUUUUUGAUUUAUGCCCCAUGCUCUAGUGAAUUCACGUGGCCCUUGGACCAAGAAAAUCACAGAGAUGGCUUAAAAUAGCCUGAAAUUGCUGAAAUAAAAUGAAA